GGAGUCUCGAGCACUACGACAGGAAGGAAUGUUAAACCAACUGGAAGUUACUUAAGUAUUUUAUAAUUUAGAAUUACUUAGUUUUGUAUAUAUAUAUAUAUAUAUAUAUAUAUAUAAGUAUAUUCGCUAAAAUGUCAAGAAAGAACACCGUAGGAACAGAGUACUUCCGGUUGCGUGAUGACGAGAGCCUCAUGCGGACUCACGAGACAAUGGUGGAUUUUAUCAAGGAUAGAUCUGCAAACCGCAAUUUCUUAGAUUCCUUAAAUUUUGGUUAUGGGUUUGUUCCAGAAUUGGACCGCUUUGCAGCUCAGUUUACAGCAUAUGAAAGUUCAUCUGAUGAGGAUUCUUACGAUUAUGAUUAUGAAGAUAAGAAGUAUGCCAUCGGUACAAACAACAGAAACUGUUCUCGCAACUUCCUUGAAAGAGGUCUGCCAAGACCAUCCAAACAAAUAUCAGCUGAGGAAGCAGAAAGAAAUGCAAAAGAGCUAAUGGAUGAUGAAGAAAAACUUAAGAAAAAGGCAGAGAAGAAAAAACAGAAGAAGACGAGACAGAAGGAGAGACGUCGGUUGGAAAAAUUAGAGAAGGAGAAUGCAAACAAAGAAAAAAAUAAACCGGUUCAAAUUGACCCUGGACCAGAAGAGAUUAAAGGUGCAGAUAAAGAUGAAAAUGAAAAAGUUAAAAGCAAAAAUUGUACAUCUGUGCCUCCUGGUCCUCAACGCCCCUCAGCACCUGUGCAGAGCAGUGAUAGCAGUAAUGAAGAUGAUAGAGAGGAAGACUCAACUAUGGAUCCAGAGGAGCUUGACAUGAGCAGCUGCUUUGUGUCAAAUGCAGCCAGUAUCGCCAAACGCAAACUUGAACAAAAACCCAAAAAUGAUAAGAAACAUGCUCAAGCAAACUCAAGAAAACCAUGUGGGUCUGAGGAGAAAGACACUACAAUGCCACAAAAACAGAUUGAUAACAAGGUGGAGGAGCAGCAGCCAGAGGAGACAGUCAAUGCAAAUUACUUUAUUACAAGAAGCGUGGAGCUGGCUGUUAUAGGUAAUGAGUAUGCUGCCUCAGGACAACUGGAAAUGGCUGUGAAAUAUUUUACAGAUGCUAUAAAAAAUAACCCUAAAGAGUAUAAGUUAUUUGGAAAUCGUUCUUACUGCUAUGAAAAGAUGCUGCAGUAUGAGAAAUCUUUAAAUGAUGCUGAAAUUGCUCUUUCUAUGAACCCCAAAUGGAUUAAAGGGCUUUACAGGAAAGGCAAAGCACUUGUUGGGCUGAAGAGAUACUAUGAAGCCAGACUUACAUAUAAUGAAGUGUUAAAACUGGACAGCACAUGUAAGGACGCAGCUGAGGAGAUGAUGAGGGUGCAGCUCAUGCAGCUUAUGGAAAUGGGAUUCACUAAAGAGCAGAGUUCAAACGCCUUAAUUCUUCAUGGAACUGUAGAAAAAGCCUUAGAGAGUCUCUCGGGGCUGUCAGGUCUAAACCCUGUCCUAGUGCCCAGAGAACACAAGUUAAUGUCUGUAGAGCAAAACGCACAAUCUCCAGCUAAAUUUCCCCUCAGACCUCUUCCUCAGAAUCAGCCUCGACCCAGUAUGCCAACAACUGCUCCAGUUCAUCAUCAUCCUCCUCCUCCAGAGCUAUUUCCCAUCUGGGUCGGAGAUCUGGUGCCUUCUUUGACGGGACAAAAGCUUUAUCACUUAUUCAGCUCUGUUGGGCAUGUCCAUAGUGUAAGAGUGUUACAAAUGAGACACUGUGCAUUUGUUAACUACACCAAGAAGGAGGACUGUGAUAAAGCCAUAAAGGAUUUGCAUGGUUAUGUCAUUGAUGGGACAAUUCUAGUGGUGCGUUAUCCAGAUAGGAUUCACACACACCUUGGAGUGUCCAGAGGUGCAUCUACAGAGUCCUCAGGAAAGAAUGGCAAACAGCCUGAUGAAUGUUAUUUUUGGAGGACAAAUGGCUGCAUUAAGAAUGAUCGCUGCAGUUACAAGCAUAUACCAGAAAACAAGGGCAUUGAUCAAAAUAAAGCCAAACCAUACCCCUGAUUCCCAGCACACAGACAGGGAUUUAACCAUCUCAAUCACUGUAAUUAAUUGGAUACAUGAAGAAAAAAAAAAUAUUCUCAUGCAUAAAAUCUCAUGCUCGGGG